AUGUUUUGUGAACAUCCGAUAUGUUCAUUAGAAACUAAUUCAGUUUGUACAUACCAUUGUCAUUUACCUAUAUGUCAAAAACAUCGAUAUGAACAUGAAAAAAAUCUUUUAAAUGAAAUCGAAAAACAAUUAGUUGAUCUUUCAGAUCCUAUAUCAAUUUUACUUUCUCAAACACGAAAUGAUCUUAAAGAAUCGGAAGAAUCACUUCAACGUGAAUUAACUCGUAUUAAUUCUUUAUUCGAUUGUCAUAUAUCUUCAAUUGAUCGACGUUUAAAAUUAGCGAAGACAACGAAUGAAUUAAUAAUAACUAAACGUGAACAAAUACUUCAAUAUAAAACUGGUGAUAAUCAAUUAACUCAAAAUGAUUACCAUCAAAUAGAAACUAUAUCAAAUGAAAUAAGAAAAAAUCUUCUUCAACUAUAUCAAUUAAAUAAUGAAAUCAGUAACCAAAAUAGUAAUAUCGAUUUAUGGCCGAUUGAACAAGAAAAAUCUAUUUCAACAAAUAUUGAAUGUAUUGUAUUAACUGAUUCUGAAGAUGAAAUAUUACGAAAUACAGAUCGUGAGAGAUUAUCAUCAACGAACAGUACACAUCAAUUAGCUCCUAUUGAAGAGACACGAGAAUUACCUUCAACUACAUUACGUGAUUUUUGUCCAUUGACACAAUAUGGUGUAUUUGGUCUUAAUAGUUCACAUAAUAUCGCACGAUUAUGUUCAAAAAAAAAGAAACAACAACUCUAUUUAUAUAGACAUUUUCGAAGAACUCAUCAUAUUGAACCCGAAAUAGCACAUCAAUUAAUUAAAGCUAUACGAAAUAAUUGUAAUCCAAUAGAAACAAAAAUUUUUCCUCAAAAUACUAAUAGAAGAAUUUCUAUUGAAAAUAUUCGAUGUCCAUUUGAUAAUACUGCAAAUGAUUUCAAUGAAGAAAAUUCUAUACCAAAUACACCAUGUUAUAUAUAUUGUGUUGAUCAUGAUUUUAAAAAUCAUUUACAAAAUAUUCAUUCAAUAACAACAUUAAAUGCAGAAUUAAUUUAUAAUGCUAUGAAAAAUUAUGGAACUAUAAGUUAUGUACAAUUUGAAGAAGAUUUAUGUCAAAUUAAAUAA